AUGGCUGCUUCAUUUGACAUCAACGCCUUGCAAGAAUCCCUCGUGCUACCUUUCCCAGCGGCCACAAAACAGGUUGCGGGGUUGGUAAACGGGGUCCAAACAGAUGUCAUGACAAUGAGCUUCAGCGAUAAAGUCAUGGUCACAAUCUCACAGGGAGGUCGACUAGCACAUUGGCUACAUGUACCAAUGGAGAAUCUGAAUCCUGGUACUGAGGGUAUGCACACUAUGCCUGAAGGGGAGGAUAACCUCUUACCAUUUAAGAAUUUGACCUCGACAACAUUACUGGGUGGCCACUCGACUGGACAAGACAUCACUGGCCAGCUCCUCGCUCGUCAAAUUGCAACUGCCAUUGCUACGAAGACACCCACCGAAAGCAGACUGCUCGUUGUUGGCCUGGGACUUGGUAAAGAAACUGCUGACCGAGAUGCAUUCUUCGCUAUUGUCGAUCUUGUUUUGCAAUGCAUAUAA